AGUCUGGUUGACAAGGAAUCUUUCGAUGUAGUCCUAAUCAUCCAGGGGGGUUAAAGUUUCCCAGGACAAGCAGGUUGUGAUUAUUUGGUCGAGAAGAAAGAUCGGAACGAUGGCGAAUGUUUUUGUUGAAUUAUUGGAGAUGUUGUUGAAAAUGGUGUACUACUGGAUUGAGGGAAUUGUUCUGUUUUUCGUUCCAGCCUCCUUUCUCGCCAAAGAUAUCUCCCAUGACACUGUGUUAAUCACAGGAGCUGGUUCUGGUAUUGGUCGAUUAAUGGCGAUAAAGUUUGCGGAGAAAGGAUGUCGUGUUGUUGUCUGGGAUGUUAAUAAUAAAGGAAACGAAGAAACAGCUUCAGAAAUCAGAAAACGUGGCGGGAAAGUUAUGGCUUAUUCCGUAGACCUGACAGAUAGACAUGAGAUAUAUAAAGCAGCUAAUGAGGUAAAGAAAGAUGUCGGACAGAUAGAUAUAUUAGUUAACAAUGCUGGUGUUGUUACUGGCAAGAAAUUUCUUGACUGCCCUGACGAUCUCGUCAUCAGAACUAUGGACGUGAAUAUCAUGGCACAUUUUUGGACGGCCAAAUGUUUUCUACCCGGUAUGAUUGAAAGAAAUCACGGUCAUCUGGUGAACAUCGCGAGUUCGGCAGGUUUUCUGGGUGUUACCGGUCUUGCCGAUUACUGCGCCAGUAAAUAUUCCGCCGUAGGAUUUGACGAGUCCAUGAGGUUUGAGUUGAACAGUCAGGGUAAAACAGGUGUACACACGACUGUUGUCUGCCCUUAUUUUAUUAAUACUGGAAUGUUUGAUGGUGUUAAAACUAGGUUUCCCUUCUUGCUACCUAUAUUAGAUCCAGAAUACGCUGUUAAUAAAAUCAUGGAUGCCAUCUUGUGUAAUCAGACUGUCUUACUUCUACCUAAAAAUCUGACAUUCUUCCUGGCACUGAAAGGAAUGUUACCAACUAAAUGUUGCCAACUUUUGGUUGAUUUUUUUCAAAUUUCUAACAGCAUGGAUGAUUUCAAGGGUCGGGGUCAGAAGAAGGAGAAUUAAUCAUGACGGAAAAACUUGUAACCAUAGUAACCCUGAUUUUAAAACAGUUUAAAGAUACAUUAGUUAAGAGUUUAAUAAAGACUUGGGCAUUAUGGCUAUAAUAAUUCAAAAAUAGAUGAAAAAAUAUUGAAAAUUUCACUCAAAUUACUUUAUUCUGAACGGGGUUGUCACUUUUGGAAGUUUGGACUAGAAAUAGGCAUAAACUGUCUCCGAGAAUUGACGAUCGUUUGAUUGACAGUCGAUAACUCCACCCACAUAUUCUCGAAUUAUCAAGUAACAUUCUCGAUAUCGAGUGUACCCUCGAUUAACAGGCCUUUCAUCGAUAGUCUCCGGUAGGGACAUCAGUGACGACUGUUUAAAUCCAGACUGUAUCCAAGCCAUCCGAGGGUCCACAGAGUUGAUUUUGGGCUUGUCAUGUAAAUAAAGGUCCAAUUAAUAAUUUCUAUAACUUCUGAAGCCAAAACAAAGACUUGCAAUAGGCAGAUUUAGCUCUUGCGUAGUGUGUCUUUAAAGAUGCAUCGUGUAAGAGCUAAAUCUGUCUAUUUCAGACCUUUCUUUUGGCUUGAAAUUAUUAUUUAGAUAUUUACUCAGAUGACAAGCCUAUACUUAACUCCCUAGACCAUCAGAUGGCUAAGAUUUAAACGGAUUUAAACACCCAUGAGAUUUAAAAAUUUUAUGAUAAAAUGGUCUGUUGCUACAAUAAUAAACGAUCUUCAAACAGUCAAUUGAAUGAAAAUGUUCAGUAUAUUCAUUUUUUAUUAUCUAUUUUUGAACUAUUAUAACAAGAAAGCUCUUUAUCUAAAUCUUACAUAAUAUAUCUUUAAAGGGACAAUACCACUCUUGUUGUAACUGAAUAAUAUGUCCCAAUCUUUGUUCUGGUCAACAAAUUGUACUAUUUUACAAUAUUACAAUUAAUUGAUGAUACAAAUUUCAUCUUAACACACCUAAUUUAAAAAAUUGGAAAAAUUCAACUAAAUGAUUCGAAAAGCCUGACGUAAAGCUUUUCAAAUGUGACUUGGAUUUAAAAAUAUUUGUGAACCCUAUGGACAAGUAAAAUAGGAUUUAAUGGAUAAUUUACACAACAGGUAGGACACUAACACAUAUUUUUUUAUUUUCUGGAGCUGUCAAGCCAGCAAGAGUGUUAUUGUCCCUUUAAUUAUAUUCAGCCUAUGAAAAGCUGAAGAAAAUAAAUUAAUUUGGCUUGUUAGACAAUAUUCUGCAGAUGAUUAUAUCAUCCUCAUGGUAACUGAGUCAUCAGUUGACCAAGAUGGCUACCAGUUUGAUUCUGAUAAGUGUCCAUGUUAUGUAUCAGCUGAUUAAUCAUAUUUGAUUGUUGUAUUAUUUUAAGCUUUUUAAACAUUAUAUAUCUUUUAUUUAUUUAUAAUUUAAUCAUUUCUAAACUCGGGGGUGGGGUGGUAUAAUGGUUUAACCCAUGCGCAUGAAAUCAAGUGAUGUUGUUUUGAUUCCCAGCUUAUGCGGGACAAGGAAGUACAGUCGCAUGUCGAACCUUGUGGGUUUUCUCCAGGUCCUCUGGUUUCCUCCCACUGCCAAAUUACUGAAAUAAAAUUGAACCAUUUAUUAGUCCCGAACUGACCUAGUUUGUGUCAAGUGGAUGUUAAACCAUAUUUCUCUCAUUACUAAAAUCCAGUUGUGAUAGACAGGACUGCUUCCCCUGAAAGGUAUGUUUCUAAAUGUCAAUAAUUUGUACAUACUGUGUUUGAGUCCUAAACAUAGCAGUGUCCAUUCUAGUCAUUAUUCGUAAUAAAUGAAAUAAAAUUGGGCUAAUGAAGAUAGCUUUGCCAUGCACUGUGCUAUGAGGGAAAUUUUUCCCUAACAGCGGCGCCACAGCCUACUCUUAUAUAGAAUUCAAACUGUCAAGAGAUCUAUUAUGUGCAUGUCAAUCUGUACAGAAGACCUUGUUAUUUUUUCUCCUGGCAAGGACAGCUGUCUAGUCCUUCGGAUGAGAUAAAAAACCAAGGUCCCAUGUAUACAUUGGAAUGCACGUAAAAGAUCCCUUGGCAGUUGGAAUUCGAUAUAAGAGUAGGCAAUAGUGCUGCUGCCCGGGCAAAAUUUCCCUCAUAGCACACUGUAUGGUGUAUGCAUGUCUUCAUUAGCCCAGUAUAGGAGCAUAACAGUAGGACGUUAAACCCCAUUUCAUUUCAUAUUUUUUCUCCCAUCCGAAGGACUAUAUGUUGUCCCUUGCCAGACCCUCCGUCCUACACCACUGACAAGGAGGAAACCACGCCGGAAAAUAUCGAUGAACUUUCUCAGCCAAGACAGGGAUCGAACCCAAGACCUCCCAGGUAGAGAGCUAAUGUCUUACUCACUAAGCCACUGUGGCUCCCCCAACAUAGAAUUAAAGUAGAAUGUGUAUGAAAUUUUAUGCCACACCCAAAAAUAUUCUGGUUACCAAAAAUCAGCUGUGGGUGGGAGUUUCUUACUUUUGUGGUCUAAUGAACACAGGCAUAAGCCAUACAGUGAGGGAGAUUUUGCCAAGGCAGCGGCAUUGCAGCUUACUCUUAUAUCGAAUUCGGGGGGGGGGGGGUCGAAUGGUUAGCAGGUGCGCGCUGUAUCAUACGGUCUGUCAUUGAAUCAACUGGCAGGGUUUCAAUUCCCCCGGUUGUGUGUGACAAGGAGUAGGGUCGCCUAUCCAACCUCGUGGGUUUUCUCCAGGUCCUCCGGUUUCCUCCCACUGCUAAAGACCCCUACGCGUAAGCGAAUUAUUGAAAUAAAAUUAAAACCAUAUGUUAGUCCUGAAAUGACCUAGUUUGUGUCGUGUGGAUGUUAAACCCAAUUUCUCUCUCUCUUAUAUCCAAUUCCAACAGCCAAGGAAUCUUUUACAUGCACGCCAAUGUGUACACAGUGAGCACCAUUGACAAGGGGAAACCAAGCCGGAAAAUCGAGAUGUACUUUCUCGACCUCCAGGCUAGCGAGCCAGCGUCUUACUCACUAAGCCACCGUGGCCCCCAUAUUAAUAAAUCACUACUUGGCUAAAUUGUUUGUUUAUAGGAAUGCAUGAUUAUCCAGUAUUAUUUAUGAUUGUCAUUAACAUACAUCAGGGCUGUGUACUUGAUAAAUGAGCCUAUGAAUUCCUGUAACCAGGGUAAAAUAUUUACAUGUGGUAAUUAAUGAGACUGGGCCCCAUUUCUUGAAAUCUUAACUAAAGAUAAAAUCCAAAUUUUAGUAGAUACUUCAAUUUUGAUUGGCUAAGCACUAAAAUAAAUCUAAUAUUAUCCAAUCAAAUUACUAAAAUUUGGAUUUUAUCUUAGUUAGAAUAUCGUGAAACAGGCCCCUGUUUUUAUUUAGCAGAGAACCAGAAAUUUUUUGUUACAUGUAAAUGUGAAGUCAAUAUAAAUAUUACAAAAUAUUUUAUUUAUUUGAUUCAAGAAAAUUUUUUAUAC